AAGACAUGGGGCUCGUGCAUCCGCUUGUGAAAAAUAAUUCCGACUGUUCAUUCACAUUGAAAUUUCAAAGGCGAACGCGAUGCAUCUGUCCGUAAUUAUUGAUCCCCCGAACUACCCCGGACAUGCGCAUUAUAUCGCGGUUCAAUGUAGCUCAACAACUUGUUCACAGCAAUGCUGCACAACGUACUCCGCGUUAUCAUUGAGUUCAUAAUAAUAUUCAAUUGUGUAAAAAGUGAAAAUGUAUUCAAGCAAAAUGAUAAAUUACCACCUGGUGGUUUACAAAUGUGCAUCGAGAGUUUCGAUGUACACAAGGAUAAAAUUAUUAGAACGCAGGAUUCCUUGGCUCUUGGUGCCAAGUAUAUCAUGGAGGCCGAAGUUGAUGAUAGGCAGAAUUGCUUGAGACUUUGCUGUCAAACUAAUGAUUGCGAUGUAUUUAUCUUCGAGGAAAAAAAACGCGGAAGCUGCUACCUGUUCCACUGUGGGCCUCCGCACGACUUCAAAUGCAAGUUCACAAGUCACUCGAAUUACACAAGCGCAGUGUUAACAAAUCUCAGCUACAGAAAUCCCCCGUACAUGGAGCAGGCGGGUAGAUCUCAGCAGGAGCACGAACUGAAGUCGCUGAGGAAGCUGUCGAUUCCGCAAGUACCCGCGGAGUACAUCUACACAGUUGCCCCCGUCGUCAUCACAGAAACCCCGAAACCGGUGGUUCUGACAACCCCACCCCCAGUGAAAACUCGCUGCAGUAGAAACCAAUACGAAUGUCGGACAUCGGGCGAUUGCAUCGCUAUCUACAACGUCUGCGACGGGAUACCCCAGUGCCCGGACGGCUCGGACGAAGCCGCCGAGUUGGGGUGCCCCCCGGAGAAACCGACCCCUCCGCCGCCGGUUAUUCCGCCGAUGCUGCCGCCCCCGCCGGAGCUUGCGAAGUAUCCGGAGGGCGUUCAGCAUCGGAAGAAUCUGCAGACGUUUUACGAAGGGCCUGAGGGAGGGCCCAAGCCCUGGCAAUUGCCGAUGGGGCGUCAGGUUGUGCCUCAGCAGGGACCACCCUACCCCCUUCAUGGGGGCCCUGGGCCUCAGAGGAAUUACGGGGGACAGGGGUACAUCGGAGGAUGGGAGUACAGGCAGAUUUAUGACCAGAAUAAGGAUAAUUACCCUGCUAAUAAUAUUCGGGAGAAAGGGGAUGUCGCUCAUUUCGAUCGCGAACAGCAACCACAUAUCUUCAACCACAAACGGCCGGGUAUGCUUCCAGAGAACGCUGAAGGAACCGGGUACGUCGAACCGGAGAGGCCCUACGAGUCGUACUACCCAGCGCAGAGCCACGCAGGGUGGCAGCAAGUGCCGCCCCAAAUGAUCCCCAUUGAGCCAAAACCCCAGAUAGUGCCAACUCCACCGCCACCAGUUAUAAAACCAGAGCAUCCAGUUCCACAGGAGCAGGUGAACAGCGCGCCUGAACCUCCCCCCACCCUUCCACCUCUUCCAAAACUGAAUACUCCGACAAAAUUGAAUCCGAGUAUAAAGAAAGAGUUGGAGACUCAGAAGAGCGUUCACCCUUCGCUUCCCAAGAAGGUCGAGCCCGAAGUGGCCGUUGAGAGGCAACAGGCUGUGAAGAAAGACGUUGAGCCAGUGAAAGAAGAUAUUUCACACUCAAAGCAGGAGGAGCGUCACACAGAGGAAACGAGAGUGCAUCACUUUGUGGCUGAGCAUCUCAAACAGAGUAAUCACAGGGACAGUGAGGAAGUGCUUAGACCAAGGGGUGCAGUUAUAUCACUAGCACUUGGACUAACUGUCACUGCGAUAAUGGCUGCACUGAUUGGGUGCAGACUGAGGGUUGUGAGAAAACGUGGACGACGAGGGCAUGGCCCCUACGCUCACGAUGCUGAUUAUCUUGUCAAUGGAAUGUAUCUUUGAAUAAAAAAGUCAUUACAUUUUGGGGA